UUGCUCAAUCAAACUCUGCAUGUGCAGUGCUUCAUCAUCUCUAGCUGGCUUCUCUCUCUCUCUCUCUCUCUCUAGUUCCUCUACAGUUCAGCUUCUGCUAAUUGGACCUGGAUAAAGUAUUCAUGAUAUAGAUGAUACAGACACGUUAAAGAAUUGCUUCAGUUUAGCUCCGGCAAUUCUCUGUCUAUUGUCUCUUUCAAUGGAUUCAACAAAGCCCCUUGAUUAUGCUCUGUUUCAGCUCACGCCAACUCGAACCAGAUUUGAUCUGGUUCUCUUCUACAAGGGGAAAACUGAGAAAAUAGCAUCUGGGCUUUUCGAUUCUUUCAUUGCUCACCUCCAAUUCGCAAAAGAUGAGAUUUCAAGAGGUGGGUACUCGGUUUCCCUUCGACCACCAAAUCAAGAUGCUCCCUGGUUCACCAAGGCCACAUUUGAGAGAUUUGUUCGAUUUGUUAGCACACCAGCAGUUCUUGAAAGGUUUGUCAGUCUUGAGAGUGAAAUCUUGCAGAUCGAGCAUUCAGUUCAAGCUAAUGAAUUGUCUAAUUCGCAUGUCUCCAUGUCACUGGAGGAAGGAAGCAAGUUGGCUGCCAAUGGUAAUACAAGGAAAUCAAAUGAUUCGUUUAAGCUGGAGAAGAAUAAUGAUGCUGUAGUAGAAGAGAACUCAAAGAUUCAACUCCAUCGUCUUUUGGAAACUCGGAAAGCCUUGCUAAGGAGAGAGCAAGCAAUGGCUUAUGCUCGUGGAUUUGUUGCUGGGUUUGAACUGGACAAUAUGGAUAAUCUGAUUUCAUUUGCGGAUGCUUUUGGUGCUUCACGAUUAAGGAAAGCUUGCAGUGAUUUCAAGGAUCUAUGCAAGAGAAAACAUGGAGAUGGUCUUUGGAUGAAGGAAUUAGCGGCAGUAGAAGCAUGUACUGCAUCAGAACUAGCAUUAUCAGAAACAUCUGGCAUUCUCCUUUCUAAUGAGAUUACUGGUCCUAGUCAGAACAUAACGUUAAAUUUUGCCAAAUCUGCUGCUAAUCUUCCAUCGGAUGACUCUCUGGAUGCAUCGAAGUCUGACACAACUACAAGUAAUGCAAGUUCAGAUCACAAAAAAGAUGAUAAUUCUGCUCUGUCAGACCAGGCACCGUUAACUAAUGCAAAAUUUCAAGUGCCAAUGCCAUUGAUGAACCAGAUACCUCAGUUUAUGUAUAAUCCCCAAGGCCCCAUUCAACAGCUUCCUUCAUAUCAAGGAUACCCUUUCACUGCUAUGCAGCCUGUUCCACUUCACUAUCCAGGUAAUAUGCAGUGGCCUCCUGGCAUGAAAGAAUCUAAUCAAAAUGUCCUGAGGCACCCCGAUCGUGAAAAGAAUCACAAGUCAUCUCUGGGAAAGAAGAAAUCACUAAAUAAGAAAGAACUUGAAUAUUCUGGAGAGAAAGAUCUACAGAGUCCAGUGAUUCCCAUUCAGCAAGUGAUUCUGACUCGGGAAAGAGGUGGAAGAUGCAGUGAAUCAUUAAGGAAGUCCCACGAGUCCCAUAAGCUAAAAUUAAGUUCUAAGGGAAAGAAGUCCAACAAUCUUACAAAUGGAUCAGAUGCUGCUGAUGAUUACCUUGUAAAUGCAUCUAAGGAGGGAAAAAAUAAUGGAAACUGGGAUGCUUUUCAGAACCUUCUGAUGCGAGAUGAUGAGGAACCAUGUAAUGGAGACGAAAGACGAAACCACAUGGAUGUUCAGGCUGACCUUUUUUCGGACCGAAGCCCUGAAGGGGGAACGUUUGCCACAAGCCCAAUUGUGAGCCCGGAAUCAGAAAAUUUUCUAAGACGGGAGAGAGUUUCUGCUGAUUCCUUUCUUGCGACCAGAACAGAUGGAGAAAAUGAAGCAAUCACUCCUUUUGAUGAUUUUGAAAAUGAAAAGAAUUUCCAUUCGGUUGUGAAGAGAAGGGAUGAUACCGAUGAAAAUUUACUAUUUCUUAAGAGAGUACCUGAAUCAGGUACUGGAAGUAUUCUCUCUUCUUCUGGAGCUGAGGCAUCCUUAAUCAAAGUUGGGAGAGAAGAAGACUGGUUUCUUACGAAUCAGACUGGAGAACCAGAAAACCAUAAUGCAACCAAGGAGCACACAACCUUAGAUGCAGAUUACAUUUUGUCAUCAGAGGGUAAAUGCUCUAGCACAGAGAAGAAUAGGAAAGACAUACUUGUUGAUGAUUCUUUUAUGAUACAGGCUCGACCAGAUGAUCUAUAUGCGUCUCAAAGGAAGCCUGACAUAAGCAUGGUUGCAGAUCUUACUUUAGCUUCCCACCUGGAAAAUGACACUUCAUAUAUUCCAAAGGAUAAGUUUGCAGUUACUAAUUCCUCUGAACCAAAUGACCUCUUCAUGAUUCUUGAACGGGAUCCCGGAUUUCAAACUAGUAAAGAUUCAUGGUCAAUGGAUUAUGGGAUUGACAUAUCUCUUGUGGAAACUAAUAGCAGGAGCACAGGUGUCGAGAGCAACAUUGGAGAUGAGAAGGUUACUUCAAACGACCAAAGCACCAUUCUCAAGAACAAUGAGGAUCCAAUGAAAAGGGAUCCAGGUAGAGGAACAAACCCAAAAGUUUCAAAUGGAUCCACUGUAAAAACCAAAUCCGAGACAAUAUUUAAAAGCAGGAAGCCUCUUGUGAGUAGAACCAUAGUUCAGAAAAGCAAGUUAGAAAAGGAAGAAGAAAUUAGGAAGAAAAUGGAAGAAUUAGCAAUCCAGCGCCAGAAAAGAAUUGCAGAGAGGACUGCAGCAACAUCCAAGAAAGUUCCAGUAGAAAGCAAAACGGUGAAAGGCACCAUUAACUGUAGCAAGAAUAAAGCUAAUUCAAGUUCUCGAGAGAUCAGCAGGAUAAGUUCUGCUAGAGUCAAGGCACCUUAGGAAAGAAGCCUGAAGCUGAAUGGCUUUAUGGAUGCAUUGCACCAGAGCUCAAGAUUUAUGUGGUGGUCAGGUGAAAUUUGAAAAUUGCAAACCACCAUCAACAAGCUACAUGAUGAUAGAGAAGAAAUUUACUCUAGCAAUAGCUCUAAUAAGAAAAUUUUUUGCCAGAACGAAACGCCUUCUCCAUUUUGCAAGAUUUAUAUGCUGGUUUUCUCAUAAUGAAUUUUUAGCUGCUCAAGCCUCGAAUUUAGCCUCAACAUACUGAAUGAUUUUUUUUCUUUCCU